AUGGCCACGAAGAAGCAAGUAGCGUUGGUCGGUGACCGCGGCUGCGGAAAAACUUCGCUCGCCGUUCGCCUCUCUACCGGCAUCUUCUUGGAUUACUACAUACCCACACAGCUCGUGGACGAUUUCACGGCCGAGGUGGACGCGAGGAAGGGGACCUGCAAACUCACCCUGCUCGAUCUCUCGGGAUCGUGCGACGACAACACAAUUCGCUCGCUCGUGUACGAGAACUGCGACGCGGUCGUCGUGUGUUUCGAUCUGGCCGACCACGCAUCGCUGAACAACGUCACUGAGAAGUGGCUGCCCGAGCUGGAGACUAUGUGCCCGGGCGUCCCGUUUAUCCUCGCCGGUUGCAAGCAAGACGAGACGUGCGACUGCGAGGGGACGUGUCCACGACUGACUUCCACCCGCGAUUCCGUGAGGGAUUUGUUGAUCAACACCCGCGCCAAGGCCUACGUAGAGAUCUCAUCCAAGUAUAAGGACGGCAUGGAUGAGUUGGCGGAGUUGGUGGUCGAAGUUGCGCAGAAGAAGCGAACGGCCGCAAAGAAACUCGUCGAAGCCAUCAAAGGAUCUCGCCUGCUAAAGAAACUUGCACUUGUCUGA